UCCCGCCUUACAAUGUAAACCCGCUGCCCUUUUGACACGUUUUGUUUGCGCUCUCCACGGUGACUCGAGUUGGUCUCCUUUUUCCAGCCCCCGAGGAGGAAUCGUUUGAGGAACGAGCUCAUACCACCGGACACAUCUGUUACCGUAAGACGAUGGGGUACAGAGCGAGAACAGCGUUCGGACUCGGCGUUACCAUGGUGAUCCUAGGGAUCGUGUCCGUGGCCGUCAGUCUGGUCGCCAUGUUUGUCCCAGUCUUCAAGACUGCAGUUCACCCGCACAUCGCACUGGGGCUCUACAGUCUGCUCGCUACCGGCAUAGUGGCUAUAAUUGCAGGGUCUUUUGGAAUCGCCAGCGGUAAGACUCCAGUCAACGGAUGUCGGAUCACCGGCUUCUUGUCGACGAGCAUCAUGGUCGCCAUCUUGGGCCUGUUCUUUCUCGUGGCGGUCACCAUCCUGCUCAUCAUCGCUGACGGAUACGGCGCAUGCGCGCUUUUCGGGACAGGAGGUGGCAAUGACGUCACUCCUACAGACGAGGGCUGCAUGGCUUUCGACUCCGAUACUACCGUUAACCUUGCCGUUGCCGUGGUGCUGUUGAUCCUGGGUGUGCUGGAGUUGGUGCUGGGCGUGGUGGCGGCUAUUGUCAGCUGUAGGGGGCUGUGUACCGGCUACCACGGACACGAGUCGCCUGCUAUCGUGGUGUACAGCGGGAACAAAGCCACAGCUCUCCAGCCGGGACAGCGUGCAGUGCAGCAGCCGGACGGUACCAUCGUCAUCGCUAAGACAGAUCAAGCGAAUGCGGGCACAAACGGCAAACAGUAACAAGGUUUUCGGAAGACCGCGCAGUUGUUGUUCUUUUACACCAUUUCUAUCUUGAGCAAUGAAUCUUAUCAGGCUGUUUGUUCUGAGUAGGAUAACCGAAAGAUUUUUCCGUCUAUUCGCUUACUGAAGGGACCAAAAAUCGGUCUGUCCCCUAUUUCUUUGACAGGACAGUUUCACCAUCCGUCUGUUUUUGUUGUGCAACUUGUUGUAUAUAUGGUGUAUCCGUACAUAAUUCUCCUCUUUUAAAACACUUUAUGUGUCCUUUUUGUCGUUAAAUCGUGUAACUGUACAUGUAUCGCUCGUCGAUUUUAUUAUUAUAACAAAUUCUAUAUCUACCUACUACACUACACUAUGCAUGUGUAUCUAUGUAUAUGCUACUUUGAAGAUAUGGUAUUACUAGUAUAACAUUUACGUUGUCCCUUGUUAUUUGAUGCACAGCUUUUGGUAUUGGUUAUGGACCGUGUACCUAUAUGGACAUACGGAAACUGACCUUAUUUGUUUUAGAUUAAUUUAUCGCAAAUGUAAUAACGUUAUAACACUUAAUGCCAAUCGUAUACUACAGGGCAACCACUGGUACUGCAGAAACGUGUGAUAUUGAAUAAACACAUUCAUUGUUUCCAAGCAAA